AUGAGCAAAGACCAGUCACACUUGACGGAUAAUACGCAGAAGCUUGUCAUGCAAGAAACGGAAGAAGCAGCCAUGCUGCAUAUGUGGAGAACUAUGGGAUAUGGAGAAACACCUGGUCUUCCGAAUUACGAACGUCACCCUAUUCCCGCUGUCGCAGAACACACUGAGCCCAUCGCCCCUACUAUCACUCUUACCACGCCUACUCCGCCGUCUUCACAAAAAGCAUCAGCCAGUGCAGCCUCUGAAGAGGAUGCAUACCCACCUGGGGCGCUCAAUCAGUCACCCCAGGAGGUGCGUCAAUCUUCCCCUCCACCUACCAAUCCUGUCCAGCAUUCGGAAUCACCUCCUACAAAAUCCUCCAGUUCGCCACUUCGUUUUGUUCCGCGACCAACUCAAGACUACGAGGCUAUGCUGCAAGCCAUGGCAACUGGUAAGUUUGACAUCCCUAUCUUCGGAGCAGCAGGUGCAGCCUUCAUGAAUCGCCCGCUUCCAGGGACGCCUAUACCGAAGAAUAGGAAGCGAAAGUGUGCUGAGACACCGCAUGACACAGACAGUCACGAAGUUGAGAGCGCGUCAAAGGAAUCAGCGAGAAAGAAGAAGACUGUCAAGCUUAAGAGUUCUACCUAG